GACUAACGGACGGCGUCCGUGUGCUUCUCCGCUCCUUUCCACAGUAAAACAAGGAGGGAAAACACCAGAGCUGCCAUUUUACACCCUUCGCUUUUCCAGUUAUCCUUCCAGAGUCCAUCAUCUUCACGGAAAGCGCGCGUGGCUGAUGCUCACAGGAGCGCACCUUUAGCAUUCAGCGCGCGUCCUCCGCCUGCCUGGCGCGUCACACCUCUCUCUCUCUCUCUCUCUCUCAAUAUCUGAGAGAAACUGCGUUUGGCAUUCAAUUCCAUGCUAGAUGGAGAGCGCGUUUUUUGUUGCAAAAAGAAGCGAUUGCCAAGGACCCAUUUUUAUAUGAAGGUGUUCUGGUGAUGGCUAGCUCGCUUGUUGUCUCCAAACUUCAGUGACAACCUCAGUGACCAAAAUCUCAUUCUCUCUUAUAGAAUUGACUCAAAAGAGAGUUUUAGCGUGGGCAGGCUCUGUAGUGGUGUUCAAGAAUUUUUUUUUUCUUGCUUAGCUCACACACUCCAUCUCCGCAGGUGCACUUUGAAACAAAAAAACAAAAACAAAAAAACAUCCCUCCAGCUAUAUUUUUUUUGGAGAUGUGCAUUACUUUACUGUGCGUUUUCCUUAAGCUCCGUUAACACGGGAAAAGCCACGCUCCUGAGACGUUGCGCAGCCGCGAUGCGUUCCUGCGUGCCGAGUGACUGAACACGGAGGAUCCUCGCUGUGCACUUCACAAGCGACUGGGCGCGAGCACCAUCCCGAAACCGAAGACAACGUCCCCCUCCCAAUUUAGAGUUCCCGAGAUGAAUCUCUGAUAUUAAGGAAAGACACCGUCUCUCCAGAGGUGGACAUCGUGGAGCUGAUCACCAGAUUUUAGGAGCUGAAUUCUGAUUAUCAGUACAGCAACACCAUGCAUCACCUCUUUUCCCCGCAUCCCUCCACUACCUGCCUGUCUGCUCUCCUCAUCAUCAUCCUGAGUGUUCUGCAGUUUUCCCAGGCCACCUCAGAUGCAACGCACAGUAGCCCAGGGAACUGUUCUGGUGAGGACAGCUGCUCUGAGGGUGUGGUACUCCCAGUAUGGAACCCCCAGAACCCAUCAGUGGGAGAUAAAGUGGCGCGGGCCAUUGUCUAUUUCGUUGCCCUCAUAUACAUGUUCCUGGGAAUGUCCAUCAUUGCGGAUCGCUUCAUGUCUUCCAUCGAGGUCAUCACCUCACAAGAGAAGGAAAUCACCAUUAAGAAACCCAACGGAGAAACGACCACUGCCACGGUCCGUAUCUGGAACGAGACGGUCUCCAACCUGACGUUAAUGGCGUUGGGUUCUUCAGCACCGGAGAUCCUGCUGUCUGUCAUUGAAGUGUGCGGCCACAAAUUUGAAGCUGGUCAUCUUGGUCCCAGCACCAUAGUAGGCAGUGCUGCGUUCAACAUGUUUAUCAUCAUCGCUAUCUGUGUCUACGUUGUGCCCGAUGGUGAAGUGAGAAAGAUAAAACACUUGAGGGUCUUUUUUGUGACCGCGGCUUGGAGUAUUUUCGCCUACAUCUGGCUCUAUCUGAUCCUCUCAGUAUUUUCCCCUGGUGUUGUAGAGGUCUGGGAAGCUGUACUGACGUUCCUCUUCUUUCCCAUUUGUGUGCUCCAAGCCUGGAUCGCAGACCGCCGCUUGCUCUUCUACAAGUACGUUCACAAGCGUUACCGUGCCGACAAGAAUCGCGGCAUUAUCAUCGAAACGGAGGGUGAUGGUAUGUUCACAAAGAUGGACAUGGAGAUGGAUGGCCAGGGCACCAACUCUCACCACAAGGAAGUUCUGGAUGGCAUGCUUGCUGGCGUGGAGGAGGGUGGAGGCGGAGGAGGUGGAGAAGAAGAGGAGGCACGGAGGGAGAUGGCUCGUACGCUGAAGGAGCUGAAGCAGAGGCACCCUGAGAAGGACAUGGAGCAGCUGAUCGAAAUGGCCAACUACCAGGUGUUGGUUCAGCAACAGAAGAGCAGGGCCUUCUACCGAAUCCAGGCCACACGCAUGAUGAUCGGUGCAGGGAACAUCCUGAAGAAGCAUGCUGCAGACCAGGCCAGGAAAGUGGUGAGCUGCCAUGAGGCCAACGCACAAGAAGAGGAUCCUCACACCAUCUACAUGGAGUUCGAGCCCUCUCACUACCAAUGCUUCGAGAACUGCGGGUCCCUCAAACUGGCUGUGAGCAGACAUGGAGGAGACAGCGGCUGCACAGUAAAGGUGGACUAUCGCACUGAGGAUGGCACAGCUAACGCCGGCUCCGAUUAUGAGUUUGCUGAGGGAACGCUGGUCUUCAAACCAGGCGAGACCAUAAAGGAGCUGACGGUCGGCGUAAUCGAUGACGACAUCUUCGAGGAAGACGAGCAUUUCUACGUGCACCUCAGUAACCCACGUGUUGUUCAUCGAGCCGAAGUCUCCAUUCUCGACCCCAAUGCCCCAGGCAACAGCCUCUUGGGCUCCGUCCCCAUCCAGCCAAAAGCUGCGCUGGGUUCUGCUCAUACUGCCACCGUGACCAUCUACGAUGAUGACCAUGCGGGGAUCUUCACAUUCGAGAGUGCGUCAAUGCGCGUGAGUGAGAGCGUGGGCAUCAUGCAGGUGAAGGUGCACAGAACGUCCGGAGCACGCGGGAAGGUGGCAGUGCCGUUCCACACCAGUGAGGGGACCGCCAAGGCUGGAGAGGACUACGAGGAAGUGGCGGGAAAAUUGGAAUUCCUCAACGAUGAGACCAUGAAGAUGCUUGAGGUGAAAAUUAUCGAUGAUGAAGAGUACGAGAAGAACAAGACCUUCACCAUCCAUCUGGGGGAGCCUAUACUUCUGGAGAUAGGACAGAAGCAUGGGGAUUCCAAUGACAACAAGCCAGCGGUCGGGAUCGAGGAGGAAGAGGUGGCCAAGAUGGGCUGCCCGAGUCUGGGAGAACACACCAAGCUGGAAGUGGUGAUCGAAGAGUCCUACGAAUUCAAGAACACAGUGGAUAAGCUGAUAAAGAAGACUAACCUUGCGUUGGUUGUGGGCAGCAGUAGUUGGCGAGAGCAGUUUGUCAGUGCUGUCACUGUCAGUGCAGGUGAUGACGAUGAAGAAGAGAGUGGCGAAGAGCGCUUGCCCUCUUGCUUUGAUUACAUCAUGCACUUCCUGACCGUCUUCUGGAAGGUUCUGUUCGCUUUCGUUCCACCCACAGAGUACUGGAAUGGCUGGGCUUGCUUCUUUGUGUCCAUCCUGCUCAUCGGCGUGCUGACCGCCGUCACCGGAGACCUGGCCUCCCACUUCGGCUGCACCAUUGGCCUGAAGGACUCGGUCACAGCUGUGGUGUUUGUGGCGCUCGGCACCUCGGUACCUGACACCUUUGCCAGCAAAGUGGCGGCCAUCCAGGACCAGUACGCCGACGCCUCCAUCGGCAAUGUGACGGGCAGCAACGCUGUAAACGUCUUCCUGGGCAUCGGCGUGGCGUGGACCAUCGCCGCUGUCUACUGGCAUAGCAAAGGCAAGCAGUUCCAUGUGCCGCCCGGCUCGCUGGCCUUCUCGGUCACGCUCUUCACCAUGCUGGCACUCGGCACCGUGAUCACACUGCUGUACCGCCGCCGGGCCUCGGUCUCUGGUGGAGAGCUCGGGGGGCCGCGGACCGCCAAGCUGCUCACCGCUCUGUUCUUCCUCACCCUGUGGCUCUUCUACAUCCUGCUGGCUUCGCUGGAGGCCUACUGCCACGUGCCUGGCUUCUAAGAGCCACAGAGAGGGAAGGGAUGAAGAGAGAGAGAAAGAGAUUUCCUUCCUGUGCAACCACCUAAUUAUUCUCCCUACUGUUGUGACAUACUGUAUCUAUAAAGUGUUCAAAUUGAUGUUUACAUUUGUUAUUGCACAUAAUUAGUUGUUGUUGGAAUGGGACCAGUUCCUUCUUGCUCCCACUGAGGUUGAUUCUCGGUGCUUGUGGAGGGUCUCGAGAUUCUUUUUAAUAACUGGAGGGAACUUAGAGGCAUUGCUUACUACACGGUUUACACGACUUGCUGUGUCCCAGCACCUGUUAAUCUCGACUACUUGGGAAACCCAUUCGAGAAAUCCCUUCAGCUGAUCCGGGAUGGGCUCAGUCUUUUUUUUUUUUCCCAGUCAUAUUUUCACUCUUUACUGCUGCCACAUACUGCUCUUUAUCAAUAGACUCACUGGUUUAGCAAAAAGGGUGUGGACGUGCUUCACAGACCAUCCCAGACUUCCCAGCAUCCUCUUUGUGAUCUCUUUGUGCUCUGCAGAUCUCCACCAGAAACACCGGCACAAACCAGCAUCAUCUCUCUCCAACCCCUCCAGCUAUUCUCUAUUUCUACUCCCUUCUACUGUUAAGUGCUCGUCUUGUGCAAGUGUUGGGAAAGUUCUUUUUUUUUUUAUUUAUUUAUUCCUAAAAAGAAAAUGAGGGGAAUGUGUUUGAUGGUUGUGCUUAAAAGAGGUGUCAUUAGCAUAGCACAAGAGAGAGAAACACAUGAUGUGGAGAUUAAACUAUGAUAGAUGUAUAUUCAUAAGAUAAUACCUGCUAUUUAUUAUCCUUGCCUGUACUGUAUAUUAUGUGUUAAGGUGUGUGUUUGUGUGUGUGAGAGAGAGUGAGUGCGAGAGGGACAGACAGACAGACAGAGAAAUGAUUGUUUUGGCCAAGGAAUGUGAUAUCUAGAGGAAGAAGCGACCAUUAACACAGUAACUGGUGUGUUUGCGCCCCAAUCCUAUAUACACACACAUGUGAAUGCAAACACAUGACCAUAGAGUUCGAAUUCAUAACCAGUUUUGUCAGCACAGCCCUCAUAAUCCAUGACAUCUGUACAAUAUUAAUAUAAAAACCAAGUGGGUGUCGCCAAAGAUUUGAGUGGGUGGGGCUUAGGUGGAUGGUUAAGGGGUGAGAAUGAAAUAAACAAUUCUAAGGGUUGUUGUAGUUGUUUUAAAUUCUACACAUAACAUAAUAAUUUGUAACCUAACGUGUUUUUAAAACUAUCGAUUUAUAAUUUAUAAAAUAAUUUGUUGUUUUGGGUGACAGAGUUCUCUUGUUUGUAUCACAAAUUAAGGUCAUAAGGGACAUCUCCAGGGUUAGGGGUUUGAUUGCCCUGUGUGCGGAGGCAGGAAGUCCAAACGCAUGCCUUGUAGGCUGAUUGGCAUCUUUAAAUUGUCGUUGUGUUUGAGUAUGUGUGUGAUUGUGCUCGGUGUCACCCUGUUUAAGGUGUCCCUCGACUUGCGCCUCGAAUCCCCUGGGAUAACUCCCUUGGCCCUGUGUGGAAUAAGCGCUACAGAAAAUGGAUGAGAAAGUCCAGAAAAAAUGACCCACUUAUUAAUACUCAUGAGCUUCCAUAAAGCACCAUGAACACAUCUUUAGCAUUACUGAGUAGUACUGCAUGUAGAGUAUGCUCUGUGACGCUCUAGUGUGUGUGUAUGUGUGUGUGUGUGUGUGUGUAUACACACCAGAUGCUGAAUUAAGAAAGAUAACACUACUCUGGUUAAGACGAGUAGCUUCAGUACUCUACAUGCCUCUCUGAAUUUGACUUCUUCCAUACCAUUGACUUUCUGAUUUGGAAAGAUUGCAUUUAAAUAUGAACAGGAUGAAAGUUUUGGCUUCUGUAUUCGACUAGAAUUAUGGAAUCUUUGAGAUGUGGAGCUGUAAUUGUCACCCCAUUAAUCCAGCUCUGUUUGUGAUUCACAAAGCACUGGUUCUUCCAGAUUGCGUCAGCGCAGGAUUAACGUCGGUGUAAUGCGCCUGCUUAAUGGAUUCUGGAUUAAAUUUCGAAUCGAUUCACAUUUCUGCACACUCUAAUCAGUUACUUCCAUCUGUGUCUUAAGUAAUGAGACUUGGUUCAGUUCCAGGAACCCAUAAGCCUCCUUCGCCGCAUCAUUUUCAGUAUCUGGCUUUUCAUUUCUCACCCCAGAUACGUUAUUCCUGUGACUCAUCACGCCCCAGUGCAGAGGUUCCAGUUCUCCAUUCAUGUGAUGUCAUUGCUAUUAGAGCUUUUUUUUUUUCGGGUUUUCUAUUAGUCCGCCCGGAAAUCCUUAGAAUGCUGGCUGCUCUUUGGUGCCUGAGGUCACUAGCCUAGCUUUUGCUGACUUUUAAAGCGCUGUUUAUUUUUUCCUCCACAUCAAGUGGAUUUAAAAGGGUUGAAUAAGCAAAGUCCUAACCUUCUUCUUCUGUCUCAGAGGCCCACAGUGAGACAGACCGAGAGAGACAGGGGUAUUUAUUCACUGAAAUCCCAGAAAGCACUCAUCUCUUCAAAUUUCAAAACCCACAGCUCCAGAAACCAGCGUGACGUGAGAACUUUCUUUAGCACAAUGUGUGUUUGUAUUUCCUGACUUGUACAUGAUACCAGGCAGGAAAAAAAGAGAAGGAAAAGCAAAGAAAAGAAAAGAAAAGCAUCAAGAUUGAAUAUUUUUUAAUGCUUCUUGUUGCUCGGCAACGUCUCGCAGAGUCAUUGUCUUUCAGUCAUGUCGUCUGAUGUCAAUGCGCUAAAAGUGCACACCAGGCUCUGUGGGUUUGGUUUCCGUUUUAAGGUCAUUACUGUCUCUUUCUCUGACCCUUGACUUUUGAUGGGGUUAACAUAUUUAACCUAAUAUCCUUCUUAUUUAAAAUUAACCGUAAUUAUGGAAUCAGGAUGUCAGGGUGUUUUUUAAAGGAGCCAUAAGUCAUUUUAGAGGCGCAGUUGGCUUUUCUUUCUCCCAACCACAUUUACUCCAUCUUAUGAACUCCUCAAAUAUAUGAUGUACAUAUAACAACACGAAUACCGAUUUCUAUGCGUCCAGGUCCUCCUGGGAAGUUCGUAUUUACGAGUUGGGAAAGUCGUAAUUACGAUGUCAGAUGCGUUCAGGUCAAGGAGCGAGAUGGAAGUGUUUCUUCUUUCUGUGAAUCAGCUACAAAAACGUUGUUUUUUUUGUAUUUUUUUAAUCUACUUCUAGGAAAUCCUGAAUCAAUACAUGAAGCCACUAUAAACAUUAGCGUUACAUAUUAUAUCAUAAUUGAACCAUUUCUCUCCUGUCCAUGCUUAAAUGUUAAUAAUUUGCGUGUAUUUCAGUAAUCUGAAAGUUUUCCGUCAGCUAGACGAAUGAAUGUCCACCAUGUUUUCUGAAUGACACGCUCCAAGGUUUAAGUUUCCCACUCGUAAUUACGACUUUGUGAUACCGUUCGUGUUCGUUCAACCCGUAACUAUGAUGAACUUUCAUCAUGACAUGACUGAAAGGCAGCGCUAGAAUUAACAGCAAACAUGCUGAGAACAUAAGUGUUAACCAUCGUCUUUUAAGAAGAGAUUUUUCGGAAGAUUAUAUAUUUUUUAAAAGCUAUAGAGGUAAAUAAAUAAAUAAGCUCCAGGAAGAUGGCGCUCCAAAUUCUGAGAGAUACUGACGCUUGUUUCACGAUGAUCCGGGACAAAUGACGUGUUGGUGCUGACACAGCUACAGAGCAGUCCUCCUUCCUAACAGUGUUCGUUAAGACAUACAUGCCAAAAUCCUAGAUCAGCACUCUUCCUCUGACGUACGGAUAACUCUUUUGGGAGCGAGAUCGUGAUUGAUUUAAGGUCUGAAGCCAAAGCCAGCGCAGCUCUUUUGAUUUUUCUUUUUCAAACCUAAAGGAGUUGUCUCAUUUAGGCCUCUUUAUCAAACGUUUGUUUUCAGCAUGAGUUUGGUGAAACAGUUGGUAGUCCUCCGAAUUUAUUCUUAGAAUAUGCCUUCUUCCUUCGGGGCAGGAAAUGAGUUUCAUCUAAUUAGAGAUAACAGCGUGUAGAUGAAAGAAUGAUGCGGAUAUGAUCGCCGUCUCUGAUCGCUGGUGUGUGUGUGUGUGGGUGUGUGGGUGUGUGUGUGGAUUAGCACGCUUUUCCUACAUCCAGACUGGUAUCACAACAGACGAGAGAGCAGGCGAAAAGAACAGCUGAUGGAUUGUGAUCUUCCUUUCCGUUUCAUACGCUGCAGCCUCCGACUUUAAAGCCAUGUUUUAUAAGGACACAUAGACGAAGCACACGGCAAUGCUCAUUAUUUAACUGCAGCAUGUUUCCUGGCCUCACACACACACGCUAUUCUGAACACACAAAUCAUGAGAAUCCUUCGAGUAUAAGAGGGACGGGUGUCUUUUCUUGCAUGCUUGUCUCAUCGCCGUGUGUCAGUUUGCCAAUGUAUGCCGUGCGUAUUACAGUCUGUCACACGUGCCGUCGUGAUCCUCCAAUCUAAAGCAUGUCUUUUCUAUGUGUGCGAGUGUCUGUUUAGGUUCCUUUCUUUAAGCACAACACGGAAAUGUUUAUAAAAAGUGACGAUUUUGUGUUGUUUUUUUAUGUCUUUGAUAAAUUACUGCUUUAAGGGACUUUCUUUUUAAAUGCCAAGUGUUCUUAAUUUCCGUAUAUGAUAUUACCGUUUCAUUGGUUACUGCACAGGAGACAAAAUUCUAUUUUGAGUAAACGAAUUACUAAAAAAAAAAAAGUGCUACAAGCAUUGCUAUGAUCACAAAAGAACAAUUUGUGUCAAUUAACGCUGUAAUUAAGUGUGUGUGUGUGUGUUUGUGUGUGUGUGUGUGUGUGUGUGCAAGGACGGUGUGAAUUUGUGUCGACUCACUGAAGCUGUUCUGUGAAGGUGAAUGAAGAACAAGUCUCUGUUUGUAGUGCAUAAUCACUGGUUUCUUAUUUAUGGAAGACUACAUUAAAGUUGAAAUUGUAUAUUAUACAGUCA